AUGGCUUCGAUGAUAGCUCCUCAGAUGGCCUUCCGUGCCCUUCGUACUGCUCCUCGUGCUGCCCCAUGGGCCAGGCUCUCUGCCCUGCCCCGCGCUCAGCCGGUCCUUCGUCGGUUCCUCGCGGCUUCUGCCCAAGAACAGCCGCGUCUGCGUCUGGGAUCAACUGCCCCCAACUUCAAGGCUUUGACCACCAAGGGCGAGAUUGAUUUCCACCAGUUCAUUGGGGACAGCUGGACCAUCCUCUUUUCCCACCCAGCCGACUUCACCCCCGUCUGUACGACCGAAUUGGGCGCCUUUGCGAAGAUGAAGGAUGAGUUUGAGAAGCGUGGCGUGAAGAUGAUUGGCUUGAGCGCCAACGACAUUGGUUCUCACGGCGAGUGGAUCAAGGAUAUCAAUGAAGUUGCUUCGACUGACGUGCAGUUCCCCAUUAUUGCCGACGCCGAUCGCAAGGUGGCUUUUCUCUAUGACAUGAUAGAUCAGCAGGAUCUGGACAACAUCAGCGAGAAGGGCAUCGCGUUCACCAUCCGCUCUGUCUUCAUCAUUGACCCCAAUAAGAAGAUUCGCCUGACCAUGAUGUACCCUGCUUCGACCGGCCGCAACUCUGCUGAGGUGUUGCGUGUGAUUGACUCUCUUCAGACUGGCGACAAGAAGGGUGUCACUACUCCGAUCGACUGGCAAGUGGGCGAUGACGUGAUCGUUCCUCCGUCGGUCUCCACCCCAGAUGCGAAGAAGAAGUUUGGCGAGGUGCGCGAGGUCAAGCCCUACCUGCGGUACACCAAGUUCUAG